AUGCAACCACAACAACCCAUCACUCAACAUGCCCGGUUCAAGUCGUCCCCUGCGAAAGCCGUCUCCGAUUACGGCCACCCGCCCUCCUCCAGCCCCGUCAAGAACUUCAACAGACCCCACCAGCAACGGUCCGGCGCGCCCUCGCUCAUCAGCCAGAUCCCCGACCGCCACGCCGCCUCGCCCAUCCCUCCAUCCCCCGCCGGAUUCCCGGCCAACAGCGGGCUGUAUGCUGAACACGACAUCCUCAUGCCUCCCCGCCCGGCGUUCUACGGCUCCCGGAUGCCCGUCCGAUCGAUAAGCUCGGAACAGUCGCCCUCCAGGCAAUCCUACGCCGGCCCAAGGAUCUCCGCCACCCUCAACCGCGCCUCCACUGGCGCUCCUGCAGGCCUCUACAACAACCCGCGCGCAUCCUCGAGCAACGCUAGCAUCCGCUCCGUCCCCGUCCCCGCUUCCGCUAAGCCUGUCAGGGAUGAGGACGAGGAUGAAGACGAGGUGCCGCUCUCGAAGCUCAAGAAGAAGUCCUGCAGCUCCCUCCGCGACCCGCUCCGCACCAUCUCACCGGCCCAGACCCUCAUCCGCACCCGCCACCAACUCCACGCCUCCGUCAUCCAUCCCUUCUCCUCCGCCUCCUCUGCAUCCGCAUCCGUAUUCUCUAGCUCCGGCGCAUCCACAGAUGAUAGAAGGGCGUCUGUUGUUUCGGCUCGCUCGGGUGGAGAUAAGGCCGCUCGACACCUUUCUCAUACGGCCUCCUCGUCGACAGCGCUGAAGUUUCAACAGACUGGGAAUGGGAAUCUCGCCGGUCAUCCACGGGGAAACAGCCCCGCCAGCUCGAGCUCAGGGGGCUCUGAGUCGGGGUCGGGGUCGUGGAACUUCCCUGCUACUCCAAGAGACUCGUUCCUUCCCGUCCCGACCCACAUCCAUCCCCACCCUCAUCCUGCUUUUGCGUUGCUGGCCGGGCCGGGCUAUCUCAUGCCCGGCCCGCCCGGAUCAUCAGCUUCUACUCAACCAGCUGACGGACAGACCUUCGGCACCGGCGGCGAGGGCGCAGCAGCAGUCGGCGGACCAGGCGGAGGCCGCCCACCACCCGUUGGCCCCGACGCGUCUCCCGAAAAUCCCGCAGGGUACUGGACCGCUUCCCCUGCUCCGCCCGCUCCGGCGAGCAGCGUGGACGACCUGCCCACGCCCGUCGGCGUCGAUCCCUAUCUGUAUGCCGGCCUGGACACGGCGCAGAAAAUCGCGCUCCAUCAGCGCAGCCAACUGAUCCUCCAGAUGAUGGCUGUGCAGGCGCAGACGGCGGCCCAGAUGCACGCGCUGGCGGCCGCGAACGGCCCCGCCCAUUCGCUCGUCUCCUCCGCCCAUGGCCAUCGCGCGUCCGCGUCGAUCGUCAGUGUCGGGCCCGUCCCGCAACCCCGCAUCGCCCCCUCCUCGCUUCAUCAUCAGCGCGCGGCCACUGGAGACUUCGACGCGGGAGGGAAUGCCGACGGUCGUGUCCAGGUGAAUGGUGUCAUCCGCUGCUUCAGCAUCGUCAAGCGGGGGCUCGUCUCGCAGCACACGGUGCAGACGAGCUACAAGCGGGGCCUGGACAAGCCGUCCCAGGGCGGAGCGGUUUUCCAGUUACGCUAA